AUGUACGUCUGUGAGCUUUGCGGUAUUUCGUUUAAAACAGAACAGGAAAGUUAUGAACAUGAUAUUAGUGAAAAACACCACAAAAAGUUUGAGGAAAAUGAAUUCAAUUAUGGACGGCAACCGUCUCACUUUUGUUCUAUAUGCCAUUGUGGAAACAUACAGGGCCUAAAGUGCUGGAUCAACCACACUAAGAGCUCUCGUCAUCAAAUGAAUUUGAAAUCUUUCUAUGAAUUUUAUGGAAUUGACCCCCAGACUGUGUUGUUACAAGAACCACUUCAGUCUGGCCGCGAACCUAAAACAUGUCAGAAAUCUGACGCAGUCAGCAAUGGUCUUCGUACACGCAAUGGGAAACGUUCAUCUGAUACCUUCCAAUCAUCACAUAACAAGUGUAAUCGAAAUAUUUCUUUCACUCAGUUAUCUAAGAAACCAAGAAUUUCAAAUACUUCUGGUCAUGAAGGUGGGAUGAUGCUAAACAUUUUAGAAACUAUUGAUAAAGAUUCAGUAAAUACACGUAAGCAAGAGAAGCAAAUUCAAAAGAUAACCAUUAUUAACUCUAAAGGUAAACAUCAAAGUGUAUCAAAGCGGUUAACUAAUGAGCUACGUUGUAAAGUAAGUAAAUCUACUAGUUCAAACCGUUGUGAUCCUAAAAAAAAGAAAUCUGAACGGGAGAAUUAUUCUCCUGUUUACCCUAAAAUAGUUACGUGCCCAUCAACUUCUCCAAAACCAAUUACAAUUCAGCCUGUAAGCGAAAACACAAAGAAAUGUGGAGAACUCCAGUGUAUGGAGAAAGCCUUAUUAAUUUCUCAAGAACUUCAAUCACUUAAAAUCAAACAAGAUGAACUGGAGGAAAAAUUACAGACUGUUGAAACUGAGUUAAAUUUGGUCAAAACUAAAAGGCGUGAGUUGAAACAGGAACGAUCCAAUCUACUACGAGGACUUAAUCAUUCGGACUCUGAUAUUGAAAGUCACACGAGCACUUCUCGUUCUGAGCCAACGGAUAUACGACAAAAUGUCUCCUUACCAAUUCAAAAAUCGCAUGUAAAAGUUGUUGCUUCUAUAGCUCCUUUGGAUACACCUGAUGUUGAAACAUCCCAUCCUACUCAUUUUAUGCCCAAUCCAAAAGCAAUAAAUAAACAGCAAAUUGGUAUACCUUCAAGUUUAUCGUCCGAUGUAACAAGCAAUCAACAACCAGAAUUAAACCAGUCUAAAAAUGCUUUCACAUCCUCGCCAUCAAUUCCUGAAACUACUUCAAACGUUCCUACAGCCUCCUGUGUUCCUCAAAAUCAUACCUCUGCAGCUUCACAAAAAACAAUAUCUGAUCCAUUUAAUCCAAUACCUACCAGUUCAAAUUCUAAUGGUGUUGAUUUAGAGCGUCUAGCUUUAAUACGUCAAGCUCUUCAGUCACCAAACAGCUGGCAGUUCACUUUUGAUGAAGUUGAUCAAAUGUUAAAGCAAGCAGCAGCUAAGGCUUCCACUAAAGCAGUUAAUCAAAAUGUUGGAUCGUUAGGACACCCAUUCCAAACAAGACCUACUGCAGACUUACCAAUGACAGUCGAAGAUAAAAUCACAUCUCCACCAAUAAAAGGUGAGCCAGUCAUUUACCCAACAGCAAAGAUUAAAGAGCAAUCAAUAGAUUCAAGUGAAAAAAGUCACACUGUCACAUCCGAUUCAUCUAAAACUACCGGUCCUCAAAGCUUACUACUCGAACCCCCUGUUCUUCGCAUUUCACCUCCAAAACAAGUGAAUAAAUCAUAUAUCUCCUCUUCCUGUUCGACGUCAUCAUCAUCAUCUGAUGAUGAUGACGGUAGUCAUGAAAAAGCGUGUAAUGACAAGAAAAUUUCAUUUCCUUUUAGAGCUAAAGUUGAAACUGACACGAGUUACCCUCUUUUGAAAUCGGAAUCCAAAUCUACGUGCGCAUUAUCCGAUAAGGGUAAUAUUAAAAUAGGUGAAUUUCAUGCUUUUGGUGGCUGCGCUACUGCUGUGAUUGAUAUGGCUAUAAACCCGGUUACAAAUGUGGCUUAUAUUGGAGGACAGAACGGUACUAUUGUCGAAUGUGACCUUAAAACUCACCACUGUAUAUCUAAACUCCCACCUAGAGAUGCUAGCAUUACGAAAUUGUGCUUAGAUCCUAAUGGUGAAUCCAUUUAUGUUGGCUAUUAUGACCAUUAUUUUGGUGAAUACAACUUACAGACCAGUUUGCUGGUACAUAAAAAUACUUUUUCUAGUCGUAUCGCGGCACUAGCAGUUGCCCCAUCACCUGAAAUUCCAUUUAUAUUUUUGGGCCUCUUUAAUGGUGACAUAUUGCGUUAUAAUCCUGGGACGCAUGCAAUCGGUUUUCUAUGCCGACACACAACUGAUUGCUACCAAUCUGAUUUUGCAAGUGAUAAAGCGAAAAAUUGCUUAAAACAGCAAGCACAAACUUCGGACUCAAAUGAAUCGGCUGGUAUCACUUCACUGUGUCUUGUUCAAUCAGGAACCUCUUUACUAUUAAUUGUUGCUGGUUUAGACCGAUCUAUUUCUAUCCGCUCAGCCAGCGAUGGUACAUUAGUGUGUUGCAUCCAAAGUUCUGUCCAAAAGGGACCGCCACAAGAUAUAUCAUGUUUACCCAAAGGCUCAUUUUUCUCAUCCUAUUCUGAUCGUUCCAUUCGCAUUUAUAAUUGGAAGACUGGAUCUUCCGAAUUAACUUUCCAUGUUCAUAAAAUAUCUAGUUCUUGUGUAAUGCAACGCUAUAUUGCUGUAGGUGAUUCAGAAGGCGCAGUUCGUGUUUACAGAUUUCAAUCAAAUGGAUUGCCUGUUACACGACCAGUAAAAGUCUACUUCAUAUCUACUCGAGGAGCAGUUACUUCACUUGCAUCUGUGGGAGACACUCUAAUCGCAGGUAGUUUAGAUGGAUCUGUUACUGUUAUCGUAGUCAAUGAACCAGCUUCAAAUUACGUUUGUUUGUACGGAAGAAAAUAUGGAGAAAACUGUGGUAUCGGCUUCAUGGAUCGUCGUGACCUUAUUAAUCAUGUGCUUAAGGAACACCUUAAAUUUGAAAGUAAUAAAACAGUAAUGUGUGGAUGGAGUUCGGGUCGUUGCAGGGUUCGAUUCACUGAAACACAAACUAUGAAGUCCAUAAGCGAUCAUCUGUUGACUCACAUACCAGACUAA